AUGGCUGCAGCGACUGAAGAUAUCAAAGACAAUAUAGUAAUUCUAGGCGCUACCGGGCCUAGCGGUUUACAGCUUGUUCAACAGGCGUUAGCACGAGGUUAUCAAGUAACAGCACUUGUACGAAAUCCAAAAAAAUUGGAACAUAUCGAAAGUAAAAACCUUCAGGUAGUGCAAUGUGAUAUAAUGAAUCCAACAGAGUUAGCUAAACAUAUGACAGGUCACACAGCUGUUUUAUCAGCUCUGGGCUAUCCUGGUCUUUCAAUAUGGUCAAUAACAUUUUAUGAAGAUUCAAUUAGAUCAAUAGUGUCAGCUAUGCGUAAUGCAAAUAUUAAGCGAUUUAUAGGUAUAACUUCAAUGUAUUCAAAAUAUCAAUCAGAUUAUCCAUUUAUGGUUCGAUAUCUGAUCCGUCCAAUGUUAAGCCGUACUCUUGAUUCAAUGUUUAACAUGGAACAAUAUCUUGAAAAAGAGUGUCAAGAUUUAGAAUAUACAAUUGUUCGACCACCUGGUUUAACUAAUAAUUCUAUUAUUGAACAAGACGUUAAAGUAUGUGAAAAUGAUUAUCAUUUUCCUGAUCAAUCCAUAUUAAUGAGUAUACCACGAGCAAAUGUAGCUCGCUUUAUGCUAGAUAUAUUAAAAGAUGAAAAGUAUAUUCGUCAAGGUGUUGCUAUUGGUGUUUGUUCUCCUUAUAUAACGCAAUUCUUCUCUGAACAUAAUAUUCCAUUCGAAAUUCUUCCUAUUUUUGAUUCUGCUUAUCACUCGCAAUUACCAGAUAAUAAUACAAAUGAUUAUUCCGUGAUUGUUAUUCUUGGUGGACCACAAAGUGCAUAUGAACAUGAUAUUUAUCCAUAUUUAAAAUGGGAAAAAUCAUUUCUUGCUGCUCAACUUACUCUGAAUACGCCUAUUCUUGGUGUAUGUCUCGGAGCACAUUUACUUGCUGAUGUUAUCGGUGGA